AUGCACAGUUGCCAAAGUGCCGGUUGCUAAGUCACUUGUCAGUCAGUUGGUGUUGGUAAAGUUAUUUUGUCAUAUUUUGUUUACAGUCGUGUUAACAGUCUUCCUUUAACAAAUUGUGUGGUAUAAAAUAGUGGUUAAGAUGAAAGCAGAAACCGCACCACCUUCUGAUAAACCUAAAAUACCGUUACCGACGCUUUCUCAGAUCAAUGCUGAUCGAAUUACUCAACUUGCUAAUCAGUACUGGUCACCACAAACUAAGGAGAGUCACUUACCUUAUGAUGCUUCUAUUGUGGAGUCAAUCUACCAAGCAGAAAUACUUGGAUCCCAUUUCUCAGUUCGCCGGAUCAUGAUGCUAGAGUUCUCCCAGUACUUGGAGAACUAUCUAUGGCCUCAUUACAAGGCAGGCGAGGCGUCCCCAGCGCACAUGAUGUCCAUCAUCGUCAUGAUCAACGAGAAGUUCCGCGAACGUGUGCCCGCUUGGCAGGCCUUUCUGAAGAAGCCGGAGCAUUUCCCAGCGUUCUUCGAGCAAGUCCUGCGCGCCAGUGUGGAAGAUGAUCAGACGACUAGCAACAUGCGCGAACAGACAGCUCUGUUGCUAUUCUUGAACCAUUGCUUCGGUAGUAUGGAGGUGCAACUGUGCCGAGACCAGGUGAAGAGGCUGGUCUCGCUUAGUAUGUGGAUCAGCUUACAAGAAGGUCGAAGAAAUCAAGAAUUUAAAAUGGUGCCAAAAUGGCGGAAGUAUUGGCGCGCUAUUCAAAAGAAGGAUAAACCUGAACUGUUGGAUAAACUCAACUGGGAGCGACUUUACCUGCAGAGGCUGAUGAUUAAGUUCAUGCGAAUACUUGAGGCUAUUCCUGAAGAUGGAGAUAUUGAUGCUCACGCUGUGAGAUACUGUGAACGAUUCUUGGAGCUGAUGAUAGACUUAGAAGCUCUGCUGCCGACACGGAGAUUCUUCAACACAGUAAUGGACGAUUGUCACUUGGUGGUUCGCAGCCAGAUGGCACCACUUACACGCAGACCUGAAGGACAACUGUUCUGCCAACUCCUAAAUAUGCUCAAAUUUUAUGCAAGAUUCGAAAUAAGUGAUGAGACAGGAGAUCCGAUGACUGAUAGAGACAUGACGUUACAACAUUAUUCCAGAAUAACUUCACUUCAGAAAGCAGCGUUCUCCAAAUUCCCGGAUCUGCGUUUAUUUGCCCUUGCAAAUGUUGCCAGCGUUGAUACCAGAGAAUCCUUACAAAAACAUUUUGGUAAUUUAAGUGAAAAUGCACUUCGAGCCAUCGCUACAUAUUUAAAUCUCGUACCACCUGAAGGAAAAGAAAAUGCAGCUCCUUGGCAUCGAUUAGACAAACCUUUCUUAAAGGAAUUAUUGAUAUCGCGACAUGAACGCCGAAUUUCUCAACUAGAAGAGUUGAACACCAUGCCCCUAUACCCUACAGAGGAAGUUAUAUGGGAUGAAAAUGUGGUCCCAACAGAAAUCUAUAGCGGAGAAAAUUGUCUUGCUUUACCCAAACUGAACCUGCAGUUCCUUACUUUACAUGAUUAUUUGCUAAGAAACUUUAAUCUUUUUCGUUUGGAGAGCACAUACGAAAUCCGUCAAGAUAUAGAAGAUGCUGUUUAUCGAUUGGCACCAUGGCGUGCUGAAGAUGGGAGCGUAUACUUCGGUGGCUGGGCUCGAAUGGCGCAUCCCAUAACGAGUUUCGCAGUAGUGGAAGUGGCUAAGCCCAAUAUUGGAGAAAAGGCACCUUCAUGUGUAAGGGCUGAUGUUACAGUCACACUCAGCGUUAGAAAUGAAAUCAAAUAUGAAUGGGAAAGCUUACGUAAACACGAUGUAUGCUUUUUGAUAACAGUGCGACCAACACAGGGCAUCGGUACUAAAUACGAUUACCGUAAAAGCAUGGUCGAGCAAGCUAGCAUAGUGUAUGUGAGAGGUUGCGAAGUGGAAGGUAUGCUAGAUGCCUCUGGUAGAGUCAUUGAAGAAGGACCUGAACCCAGACCUGAGCUUGAAGGAGACUCCAGAACAUUUCGAUUGCUUCUCGACCCUAACCAGUACAGACUUGAUCUUGACAAUGCCAGUAAAGGCAACGAGGAUGUAUACGAAACUUUCAACAUUGUUAUGAGACGCAAACCUAAAGAGAACAACUUCAAGGCCGUGCUGGAGACGAUACGGGAGCUGAUGAACACAGAGUGUGUGGUGCCCGAGUGGCUCCACGAUAUUGUCCUUGGUUAUGGGGACCCGGGACAAGCUCAUUACACCAGGAUGCCAAACGAGAUACCAACACUAGAUUUCAACGAUACAUUUUUGGAUAUGGAGCACCUUCGUAAUAGUUUUCCCGGGUACGAGAUCAAAGUACAAACAGAUGACCCUAGAAAACUAGUCAGACCAUUUAAAGUAACGUUCGAGAAUGUUCUUCGGAAACAACAGAAUGGUGGUGAACCUAUGGAUGAGGACGAACCUCGAAAGGUUAUUCUUGUGGAACCUCACGUCCAGCCCAAAAGAGGACCCUACCUAAGCAAUGAGCCUAAGAAAAAUACGAUACCUUUUACUCCCACCCAAGUUGAAGCUAUCCGGUCAGGAAUGCAACCUGGAUUGACCUUGGUUGUGGGCCCACCGGGGACAGGUAAAACGGACGUAGCUGUACAAAUAAUAUCAAAUCUAUAUCACAAUUUCCCAUGGCAAAGAAACUUGGUGGUUACCCACAGUAACCAGGCUCUAAACCAGCUCUUUGAGAAAGUAGCGGAGUUGGAUGUGGAUGAAAGACAUCUGUUACGUCUUGGGCAUGGUGAGGAGGCCCUGCAGACUGACAAGGAUUUCUCCAGAUAUGGCCGUGUAAACUACGUGCUAGCAAAGCGCUUGGAACUCCUUGAGCGCGUGGGCAGGCUGCAGAAGACCCUGGAAGCUGGCGAGGAUGCUGGAGCCACCUGUGAACUUGCCCACCACUUUCAUGUGUACCAUGUGCGACCAAGAUGGGAGACAUUCCUCGCUAAGUGUGCUCAAGACCAGACGAAGUCCAUAGAAACCAUAAGCAAGGAGUUUCCAUUCCACGAAUUCUUCGACGAUGCACCUAAACCUCUGUUUCCUGGAAAAUCUUACGAAGAAGACAUGGAAGUCGCACAGAGUUGUUACAGGUACAUCGACCAUAUUUUCGAGGAGCUUGAAGAAUUCCGUGCAUUCGAGCUACUUCGUUCAGGAUUGGAUAGAUCGAAAUAUUUGCUUGUGAAGGAAGCGAAAAUUAUAGCCAUGACGUGUACACAUGCAGCACUCAAGAGAUCUGAAUUGGUCCAAAUGGGCUUUAAAUACGACAACAUAUUGAUGGAAGAAUCAGCACAAAUCCUGGAAAUUGAGACAUUCAUUCCUCUACUGUUACAAAACCCUCAAGACGGUCGUUCUCGACUGAAGAGAUGGAUAAUGAUCGGAGACCACCACCAGUUGCCACCGGUAGUCAAGAACAUGGCCUUCCAGAAGUACUGCAACAUGGAACAGAGUCUGUUCACUAGGAUGGUCAGGCUUGGAGUUCCUUAUGUGGAACUGGAUGCUCAAGGACGAGCUAGGCCAAGUAUCUGCAACCUAUAUCGUUGGCGCUACCUGGCUCUGGGUGACCUUGGCCAUGUGACUCGCCUACCUGAAUACCGAGCCGCCAACGCAGGCCUUCGAUACGACUUCCAGCUGAUUAACGUGGACGACUUCAACGGAGCAGGGGAGACCGAACCUAGCCCUUAUUUCUAUCAGAAUCUCGCAGAAGCUGAAUAUGUGGUGGCGGUGUUCAUGUAUAUGCGUCUGAUUGGCUGGCCAGCGGAUCGCAUUUCAAUCCUCACUACAUAUAAUGGACAGAAACAUCUCAUCAGGGACGUCAUUGACAAACGAUGUGCCGAAAACCCGCUCAUCGGAAGACCUCAUAAGGUGACUACAGUUGACAAGUAUCAAGGUCAGCAGAAUGACAUAGCACUAGUGUCCUUGGUCCGUACUCGCGCAGUAGGUCACGUAAGAGACCUCCGCCGUCUUAUUGUGGCGGCCUCCAGAGCUCGCCUUGGCCUCUACAUCUUUGCCAGAGCUAACCUCUUCAGGAACUGCUUCGAGUUGCAGCCAACAUUCAAUCAGCUGGUGGAACGUCCCUUGGAGUUGGAACUGGUACCGGGCGAACGCUGGCCUGCUCAAAGAAGCGCCGCAGCCAACGUGCCGGACGCCAUGACACUACGCAUACGAGACAUGCCACACAUGGCUCAAUAUGUCUACGAUAUGUAUCUGGAGCGAGUGAGACAGUGCAAGGACCAGUAUGAGCGUUCUCAAGGCGUAUGGUCAGCCCCGGGAACAUCGAGUGCUUCACGACCUGCGCACGCGCCACCCUCGCAGCACGCCCACCCUGGAGCCAAUGACAGCGACGAUGACGAACCACCCAAUACUGAAACCACUACCGCAUUCCAACCCACAGACAUCGUGAAUGAAGUCGAAGAAACUCCCGCCGAUGCUUCUUAAAUGUAAUAAUUUAAAUAAGUGAACAGUUUAAUAAAG